UUUUAUUGUGAAAACCUGGCAACCCUAACUGGUGAUGAAUGGUGUGCCGGCUGGGCGAGCCGAGAACUGAACUAGACAGGUUAGGUCUUCAAAAAAAACCGCUUCAAGCUAAAAUAUUACAGUUAAAACCUGCACUCUGGUUUCCGCCGAAUCUGCGUGAAAUAUGGGGGAAGAAACUGAGAUCUCGGUGAAAAGAGCGAAUCAGGACGGGAAGGAUGAAAACAUGGACAGCGGUGUGAAAUAUUACACACGCGAGGAGGUUCAAGCCCAUAACAUGAGCAAAGACACAUGGCUCAUCAUCCACGAUAAAGUUUACGAUAUCACAAGCUUCAUGGAGGAGCAUCCAGGAGGUGAAGAGGUUCUGCUGGAGCAAGCGGGUGCAGAUGCUACAGAAAGCUUCGAGGAUGUGGGUCAUUCCACAGAUGCCAGAGAGAUGCUCCAGCAGUAUUACAUCGGCGAAUUACAUAUGGAUGAUCGAAAGAAAGAAUCAAAGAAGGAAGUUUACAUCACAACUUCCAAAGACUCCAGGUCAUGGAGCUCCUGGUUAAUUCCCAGUGUAGCUGCUGUACUCGUUGGCGUCAUGUAUCGUUACUACAUGCUGGAUCACAAAGCCUCCUGAACUCCUGUAAACAUUGCCACCGAUAUAUAUUUCUCUUGUCUGGAUGCCUUGGCCUGUUUGAGUGAGUGAGUCUACAAGAUCACUCUCUCAACUCCUGCUCAUCUUCUCUUCUUUAGUUUCCACUCAACUAGCUAUUUACAAAAGGUCCAAAACAUUGGCUCAUAUCAACAGUUUUUAUUUUUCUACCAGAAUUCACAGUUCUGUCUAACCUGCAGGACUUAACCUGCAGCAUUAUCUUGGUCACGCUUUCUGUCAUCGGAUUGUCA